AAUGGGUCCAAUAUAUUUUGUGACCGGUAGAAAAAUAAACAUGUUCGGAAAACGGGUAGAUUCUACAGGAUAACAGUUUAACUACUUGAUAGACGAGGAUCAGUCAAUAGGUUUAGAUGGUGGCGGAACUCACGGUCCAAACUCAGUGAUUAGUAUGCUUCACCACAGUCUCUCUAACUAUGGAUUUGGAGAAAAAGGUCUAUAUCUACAUGCUGAUAAUUGUGGAGCUCAAAACAAAAAUAGAUUCACGCUGGCAUACCUGAGUUGGAGAAUAAAUAUUGGAUUGCAUGAAAAUAUAACAUUACUUAUGGCUAUCCCUGGACAUACAAAAUGUCUUGUUGAUGGAGGGUUCGGGCGGAUUAAGAAGUUAUUUAAAAGAUCGGAUUGUGAGAGUUUGAGCCAGUUUGCGGACAUCGUUGAGAAAUCGGCGAAAGACAAUUUCGCUGUCCUGUACCGAAAUGCAAAUGGCGAUCAAUCAUGGACUUGGUAUGACUGGAAAUCGUAUCUGACGAGAUAUUUUCUGCAGCUGAAAGGAAUUCAAAAGUACCACAGCUUCAGAUUUACAGCCGGAGACAAAACUGCGAUAUUUGUCAAAGAAAGGUCAAAUAGUGACGAAAUCCGCGUUCCAUUGAUGAGGAGAAACAUUGUUCUGCCAGAAGGAUCAUUUCCCGAUUCUAUCCAGCCAGCUGGUUUAAGUCGUCAACGACGAGAAUACCUUUACCGGCACGUUAGGAAAUACGUGCGUCCUGCGCACCAAGAUGAGACUUGUCCCCGACUUGCUGAGGAAUGA